GCCUGGGCACCCCGGUGCCGCAACUGGGUGCCGUAGAACCCUCGGCACUGGGUCUGGGUCCCCCGGUGCCGCAACCGUCAGCGAGCCUUCCGACACAGGGCAUGGGUCCCCCGGCCCCACAGAUAGUGCGGCCACGACGUACUCAUGCGGGUAAGCCCGAGUCAAUGGCAAGGUUUGCCCCGCUUUCUUCAUUGGCUCCACCCUGGCCGGAGUCCGAUUAUUCCUCGGACUUGGAUGCUUCCUCCAUCCGUUCGGGUUCCUCGAGGACAUCCUCAACCCAUAGGUCCAGGUCCAGACAUAGGAGGGACCACACUCCACAAACGUGGCCUCCGCACCCACAGUGGCCUUUCUGGAUCCCCUGGGCCUACCAUCAGUGGCAAGGUCAGCUGCCUCCUUCUCUGGGGUCAGGGACUUCGGGGCACCGUUCCCAACCAUCAGCGUGCCUGUCCCAAGCCCCUCCCUCCCCUCUCUGGGCACCUCAACCCGAUCCAGCGGCACUGCAACUGCUGGCACUGGAGGUGGACCCAUCAGGAGCGCAAGCUACCCAGACGGCUCCGCACUUGGCGACGACUGUUCCUGUGCCACUUCAGGAGUCGUUGUCGUCGUCCCCGGAUGAGGCACUAGCAGACCCUGCACAGAGUCUGCCGUCAAUGGAUGCCCGCAUGCACCAGGACCUCCUCCGCCGCAUGGCUGCCAACUUGGUCGUUCCGGUGGAACUUGUCAUCGAGGACACAGAUCCAGUGGUGGACAUCCUCACGGAAGAUGCGCCUACGCGAUUGGCCUUACCCCUUAACAAAACGGUGUCGUUAUGCGUCGGGGGGCAUGGCUCCACGUCUCGGGAAUUCCCCCGGAUGUGCAGCAUACAAUUCAGGACUUGCUUUUUGAGGGCAAAGCUCUGUUCUCGGAGCACACUGACUAUAGGCUCCAUACCCUGAAGGACACUAGGUCCACCCUAAAGUCCUUGGGCAUCCACACGCCGGCCCCGCAGCGGCGAUAGCUGCCCUAUAGGCAGCAGGGAAGGGCGCAGCCCCAGGUCCCCCGUGGGGAUUACUGGAGGCGCCGUUCCCGGGCCUUUGGUGGAGGUUCCCGGGCGGCCGCGCACCCUCGGGGCUAGGGGUUGACGUCGUUGCCCCAAGACUGAUACCCAGCGUGGAGGUCCUCACGGUCCUUCCCCUCAGGGCAAGCCUCAGUUUUGACACCUCGUUUGAGAGUCCCGUACCAAUCUACUG